AUGAACCAAACCGCCACCGUAUCGCAUCAAGUUAAAUGCCAGUCUACGAAGGCCAUCAAGGACCUGGGUGGGGUGAGUCCUCCUCAGAGGAACUGGAAAGGGAUUGCCAUCGCUCUGCUGGUCAUCCUGGUGGUCUGCUCCCUCAUCACCAUGUCUGUCAUCCUCCUCACACCAGCUGACAGCCAAGCUGGAAGCGACACCAAACUGACUGUGGAGGAUCUGUUCAAACCUGAGUUCAAGGCCCACGACCCGGCGGCCAAAUGGAUCAACGACUCUGAAGUCAUCUACAGAAACAGCGAUGGCCACGUCAUCAAGUUCAACAUCCUCACAAACCAAACAGAGAUUGUCCUGACAAACACAACAUUUAUAAACUUCAACGUGGCCAAAUAUUCUGUCUCUCCUGAUCUGAAAUACGUACUCUUCGCUUAUGAUGUGAAACAGGUUUACCGCCACUCCUACGUGGCCUCCUACAGUAUCUACAACAUUCAGACACGGGAGGUCUGGGAGCUGGACCCUCCUGAGGUGGUGAACUCGGUCCUGCAGUACGCUGCCUGGGGAGUUCAGGGCCAGCAGCUGAUCUACAUAUUUGAGAAUAACAUCUACUACCAGUCAGACGUCAAGAGUAACUCCCUCCGGCUAACGUCCUCAGGAAAGGAAGGGAUCAUCUUCAACGGGAUUGCCGACUGGCUCUAUGAAGAGGAGAUCCUUCAGACCCAUGUGGCACACUGGUGGUCACCUGACGGAGAGAGGCUGGCCUUCCUCAUCCUGAAUGACAGUCUGGUGCCCAACAUGGCCUUACCUCGUUUCACCGGCAUGACGUACCCCAAAGGAAAGCAAUACCCGUACCCCAAGGCCGGCCAGCCCAACCCGGUGGUGAAGCUCUAUGUAGUCAAUCUUUACGGGCCGACGCACACGCUGGAGCUCAUGCCUCCGGAGACGCUCAAACUGCGGGAACACUACGUGACCAUGGUGAAGUGGAUUAGCAAGACCAAGACAUCUGUCAGGUGGCUGAACCGGGCCCAGAACAUCUCCAUCCUGACUGUGUGCGACACCACCACCGGAGCCUGUGUCACGAGACAUGAAGAAAGCUCUGAGCUCUGGCUCUCCAAACAGACCCAGGAGCCGGUGUUUUCCAAAGACGGCAGCAGAUUCUUCCUGACUGUCCCGGUCAAGCAAGGAGGACGUGGAGAGUUUCAUCACAUCGCCAUGUUCACCACGCAGUUCAGAGCAGAUCAAAACGAAGUCCGACAUCUGACGUCGGGGAACUGGGAGGUGACCAGGAUCGUCGCCUAUGACGAGAACACAGACAACCUUUAUUUUCUCAGCACCGAGGGGUCGCCACGGAGACGGCAGCUAUUCAGCGUUAAAACUGUGGGUCUCUUCCCACGGCGGUGUUUGACCUGCGAGCUGAAUAAAGCUCACUGUCUGUUCUUCGAUGCCGACAUCAGCCCAACAAACCAGCACAUUAUCCUCCACUGUAAAGGUCCUGGAGCACCGACUGUGAUCUUACACAGCCUCAAUAAUUCAAAUUACUACAUCCUUGAGAACAACUCUUUACUGAAGGCGGCCUUGAAGUACAAAAGGAUCCAGAUGACUGACUUCAGAACUGUUGCGAUGGAGCAUUUUGAUUUACCUUUGAAGAUCUCCUACCCACCAGACUUCUCUGAUUCCCGUCACUAUGGACUGCUGUUGCUGGUUGACAGCGCCCCUGGUGGCCAGGCCGUGAGCGACCGCUUCUCUCUCAGCUGGGACUCUGUGCUCGUCAGCUCAGACAACGUCAUCGUGGCUCGUCUGGACGGCCGGGGCAGCGGCUUCCAGGGUCAGAGGGUCCUGCACGAGGUUCACCACAGACUGGGGACUGUGGAUGUCCAGGACCAGAUCGCAGCAGUCGAAUACAUGAUGAAAUUUCCUUAUAUUGAUCGGACACGGAUAGCGGUGUUUGGAAAGGGUUAUGGGGCGUACAUAACAUUAAUGAUGCUCAAGUCUACUGACAGCCUCUUCAAAUGUGCGUGUGCGAUGUCACCAGUGACAGACUGGAAACUCUAUGCAUCAGCAUUCUCUGAGAGAUACCUUGGCAUGCCAUUACGGGAUGACAGCAGAUAUCAGUUUUCCAGUGUGCUGCAGAACGUUCAAGCACUUAGGGAGCAGACACUGAUGCUGGUGCACGGCACAGCAGAUGCCAACAUCCACUUUCAGCAUACUGCUGAGCUCGUCAAGAACCUCGUGAAAGUUGGAGCAAACUACUCAAUGCAGAUCUACCCAGAUGAGGGCCACUUCCUGUCUCAGCAGAGUCGCCAGCACCUCUACGCCACACUGACCAGCUUCUACAGGGAGUGUCUGAAGGAGGAGCUACUACCGCUGCCUGAUGAGGAAGAGGAGGAGGAGGAGUAGGCUGGAGGCUUUGAGGGUCAGACCUUUGACAGAGCUUGAAGAAUUUAGCUAAAAUCCGUCAAGGCCUUUCGCGUUUUGGACCAAGUGUUUAACCGGACAUGGAGACUGGGUUAGAGCUGCUAAGGCUCUUAAAGUGUGUGUGUGUGUGUGUGUGUGUGUGUGUGCGCCUGUGUGUGUGCCUGUGUGUGUGUGUGCCUGUGUGUGUGUGUGUGUGUGUGUGUGCGUGCGUGCGUGCCUGUGUGUGUCUGUGUGUGUCAGUCAGUGUUUGACUGUAUGCUGGUGUAUAAAUGUGACGAAAAGUCAACCGAAGGACACGACAGUGACACUUGCCGGGACUUGAGACGGGAACUGCCCUUUAGCAUAAAGUCAUUUCAGUUUUGGGACGCUCUGUUUCUCGUCGAAGCGCACAGAGGACUGCCUCCGUCUUCUGCAGCCUCUCCGGGCUCUCGUCAUCCACACCUACCAAGUGCAUGGUUCUUUUUUCCCCUCUCGGCUUCACUCGUUUCGCCAUGUUAGCCCCCCCUGUGGUAGCGCACGGGAGGAAAAGAACACAGAUGUACACUUUUGAUCUCACUCCUCCUUUGGUUGUUGUAUUGUUGCACAGGGAGAGGCUCCGACCGUCCGAAAAAAUGUUUAGUCACCCAAUUUCACCACCACCCAGCCGACCCUGAAUAAGUGCUAUUUCCUGCUGAAACCCUCCGCCAUCGCCCACCCUUAAUGAAAACACUCUUCUUAGGUCACACUUUAUUGUACAGGGGUCUUGUGUAGACAUGUACGAUGCCUUAUAAGGUUCAACAUACUGUAAUAUUACUUGCUGGCAGUGAUAGUCAUCCAUUAGCGGUGUCAUGUUAACCUACGUCAACUCAGGUCCUCGAGACACAGCAUUGCAGUCAGUUUAGUACCUGUAUGGUCAUGAAUAAGUUAUGAAUUAUAUGUGAAGAUAAUGGAUAUUGGCCAUACAGUCAUUUCAGUUUCAACCCUCGCUGCAAAAGUUCUCCAUCUUAAUAUGUCAUUUAAUCUUGUUUUGGUAAAAUCUUGGUUUUCUUAAAACAAGUGAUGAAAUCUCCAGAAAGGCGUGAGGUGAUUUUUCAGUGUGUCUCCACCCGAUUCAAGAGCUUUCUUGAGGUCAAGAGACUCUUUCUCGAUUUCUGGACCUUCUCUUAUUUCAAGAAAAGAGUAAUUAACCGCAGUGGAUAUUAAUGGAAAUAGGUGUACUAAGAUGGACAAUUUUACAGCAUCAGUAAGGUGUUUGCAUGUCUACAGGGAAUGUGUCAAGUGUUGCCACAUUUUGUACAGUACAAUACAGCAGAGUGUGUAUAUAAAUAUAUUUUUGAGAUGUCAGAUCUCAUUGAUAGUUUAGUCUAUGGGGAAGGAUUGAUUUGACCUGGAUGUCUUGUACUUCUUUUCGUUUGUUUGUUUCUUUUCUGUUUUCCUUUCAGCUGUUGAUUUUCUUCUUAGGAUGGAUUUUGUAAUGCUUGUUCUUGUUCUUUUUGCUGUUUUAAAAGGGAAAGG